AUGGUCGUCGACACAACCUACUACGAUCUUCUCAAUUUACUGCCAACGGCAACAGCCCUUGAAAUCAAAAAAGCGUACAGAAAAGCUGCUGUGCGCUUACAUCCAGACAAAAAUCCAGACGAUCCUCAGGCCGCUGCCAAGUUUCAAGAGGUUGGCCAUGCUUACCAGGUAUUGUCUGACGAAAAGCUUCGAGAACGUUAUGACCGAUAUGGUAUCGAAGAGAGUAUUCCGCAAGAGGGAUUUGAAGAUCCUGCGGAGUUUUUCAGUAUGAUCUUUGGUGGCGAGGCAUUUCGUGAUUGGAUUGGUGAGUUGUCGCUUCUCCUGGAGAUGCAGAAAAGCGCCGAGCUAUCCGGUGAUGCAGAGGAAACAGCAAAACCAGCUGAGUCUGCUACACCUGCUACACCUGCAAAGCAGAAUGUAGAGCUGCUGACUCAUGUCGAUAACCAUGCUCCAUCUUCGUCAUUUCAACACGAUGCUCCUGCGUUUGAUCAGUUACACCAGCCUUUUGAGUCUCUCAAUGUGCAUGAAGAGACGUUCGCCGAUGCCUCUGAUACCCGGACCGGGCGCCUCCUCUUGGAGCACGAUCACGCUAAGUCGCUGGAGGAAGACGAGAAGCGCCGCAAGCAGGAAGAGUUGGAGAAGUAUGAGGAGGAAUGUCGUAUCAAGAAGAUUGAGACCCGCAAUGAGCUUGCCCACAAACUAAUCACUAAGCUCCUGCUUUUCACAGAGACAGAUAUGGCCCCCGAUGUUGCGGAGUCGUUUAAGCGUAAGUUGCAAUACGAGACUGAGGCGCUUAAAAUGGAGAGUUUCGGCUUGGAAAUCUUGCACUGUAUUGGGUCCAUCUACAAAACUAAGGCCAAGAUAUUGUUGAAGAGCCAAACGUUCUUGGGUGGACUAGGUGGCUUGUGGUGGUCUAUGAAGGACAAAGGUGGUGUUAUUCGUGACACCUUCAACACUGUCUCUUCUGCAUUGGAUGCCCAGCUGACCAUGCAAGAGUACACAAAGAUGCAAGAAGACAACGAAUAUCAUGCGAAGAAAGAGGCUGAAGAGGCUAAGAAGAGCGAAGAGCUGUCUUCAGAUGCCGAAGAUCCACUCAGAGCGGAACGCGAGAAAGCAAAGGCACAACAGGAGGUUGAGGAUCUUGAAAAGAAGUUGCAGGACUUGCACAAAGAGAAGGAUGAAAAGGAGAAAAAUCAAGACGGAAAGGAGAAGGAUAAGGAACCCGAGAAACACACCGCCGAGGAUUUGGCAGAAAUGGAGAAGUAUCUCAUCGGUAAAGUUCUUGCGGCCGCAUGGUCUGGUUCUAAAUUUGAGAUUCAAGGAACCGUGAGAGCAGUGUGUGACCAGGUUCUAUACGAUAAGGAUGCUUCGUUGGAAACGAGAAUUGCUCGCGCAAAGGGUUUGAAGAUAAUCGGUCAGGUGUUCAGCGAGGCUACAAGAACAGAUGAUGAAGCCGAAGAGGCUCGGAUGUUCGAGGAGUUGGUCGCAGAGGCCUCCCAAAAGAGAAAGAGAAAGACAAAGCCUACCGAGAAGCAGACAGAGGGUACUGCCUAA